UCUAAGCUUGAGACUUCAGGGUCUCUUGCAAAAUUUGGAAUUACUGUUUUUUGGUGCUCCCACGCAAGCGCGCGCGCGCGCGCACACACACACACACACACACACACACGCAUUCAUACACACUCUUCAGCGCCCGCCCGCGACGCUGUGACCAUGGACGACGAUUCCCAGGAAACGAAUGAGUCUCUGUUCCUGUCGCUGCUCGGACUCUGCCAGUCUAAGACCUCGGGUGAUGAUGAAAAUGCCAGCAAGGACUCCAUAUUCGAUCCUGAACCAGUCACUGCCCACUGCUUCAAGCCGUUCAAGCAGAAGGAUUUCCACCUGCCUCAGGGCCGCCGGCGGAUCAUCAUCUUGCCCCAAAACAAGGAUCCGAUACCCAUCAAUCUCACGGCCCAAGCCCAGACUCCCCUACGGCCAAUCUCCAGCUUUAGAGCCCUGGGAGCCGGGGACAUCCCAGGGCAGCCGGAGGACGCGAGGACCUGGCUCAGCCAGAGGCUGAAACUUCGGCAGAACCUGGAGUCAUUUGGCGACACAGAGAAAUGGCUGCAGAACAAGCCUUGCCUCACCCCUUCAGAGGCCAAGGUCUUAUACAUGAUCCAGAAGGAGCAUGAGGCCCGGUUGCUGGCCUGUCUGACUCCUACCAGAGCCACCAAGAAGAGCCCCCGGCCUUCCCGCCAACCUGUGCCCCAGCUCCGACUACCCAAGCCCUCCGCCUUGGCCACCUUGUACUCCUACCUGCGCAGCCGCAAGAUCAAGAUCCUGGAGAUAUUUAGCAAGGUGGACCGGAGUGAGAACCAGAGGAUCUCUAGGGAGGAGUUCAUUGUAGCACUGAAGGCGAUUGGAGUCCCUCUGAAAAACCAGGAGGUGGAGGAUGUUGUGAUCUAUCUCAGUUCUCUGGGAAAGUGCAAUGGCAUCACUAUGGAUAUCCUGGUCAACAACUACAAGCAGUGGUCUUUGGCUCAGCAGAGAAGCACCCUGUCAACUGCAAGGGAGUAUUACAGAUCCGCCAAGCACAGAGGUUCCCCACAGAGUGCAUCCAAGAAGCAGAUGGAUUUGGCCCCACAGCCUCGCAAGAUGGACCUGCUGACCGUGCCCGUGGUCGACACCCAGAUGGAGGCACGGCCCAUGACUCUGGAGGAGAUGGAGGAUGUUGGCAAGCGGUACCGCGAGAGGAAGCGGCAGCACAAGCUCAAGAUCCCCUCCAUCCAGUACAUGGAGCGGUGCCGCCUGGUGCGCAGUGGGAACAAGCACUUUGAUGAGCACUGCCUGCCGUCCACCAUCCACGGGGAGAUGAGGGAGCUCAUCAACAUGUCCCGCAGGGACACCUUUCUGGUCUACCUGCAGUGCUACAAGCUCUGUGAGUACUAUGGCCUCCCGCUGACAGAGGACGUCCUCAUGAAAGCCCUGCUGUACCCGGGGGACAAGAUCAUUUUCCAGAAGGACCAGGUGCGCCCGAUCCGACAGCCGGGAGGCUACUACUCAGACUUGAAGAUCUUCAGUCCCAAUCUGACCCUGCUCAAGUUCCAGGGCUUCAGCGAGGCUCUGGCUAAGAAGGCUGACAAGAAAACAUCGAAGAAAAUCAAGAAAAUACACUUUAAGGAGUUUGAGGAAUUCACCAGGAAGCUGAAAGUGAAGAGCCCCACAGGUCCACAACGAACUCACCCCAAUUUCUUCUGGCCGGGUCACCUGCUGGACAAGCUGCAGCUCUACCUGCCCACUGUGGCCGUGGACCAGAGCCUGGCACUCUUCAGUUGCGUCCAGCCCCAGCCCCAUGCCUACUCAGCCACCUACCACCCCGACCACUGGUGGCCCAUUGGGAACAUGAACUACAUGACCUGUGCCUAUUACGAUGCCCCCAAGGUCUACUACAUCAACUAGAGUGGCCAGGUGUUGUGGGAUCCAGCCAUCCUCGGGCUGUGGCCUGUGCCUUUCGCAGCCCAGAGCCACAGUCACGGGGGAAGUGUCGAGAGCCAGAUAAAAGAAAUCCUUUCAGUGGAAUGGUGUGGAGCCAGCUCUCGCUAGAGCAAAAGUAUCCAGGGUCUCAGAGGGCAGAUGUACCCGGGAAAGAGAUGCAGUUUCUGAGUAUUUCCCUGUCUUGACUUCUGCCCUUUUGAAAUAAACCGGGUUGGAGUUUUUUUCAUGUCACCUGUGAUCCAGCUGAUGUGACUUCUUGCUCAGGAGCUGUGGCCAGACAAAUGUUUGGAAAGCUGGGGUCCUGAGCCCGGGGCACUAGAGCAGGAAUAUUCCCAGGGAUCCUGGCAAGGAUGCCUGCAUGGCACCUCCAGCUUCUUGCCCUAGGAUCUCAGGGCUCAUGGGAAAGCAGCUGGCACUGCGGGUACCCUGUGCCCUUCUCUGUGACAUACAGUGGCAACGGGUCUCUCAUCCCCCAAAGAUGGAGCCAUUUUGGUUACUGCUUCUCAAACCUCUUGGGUCUUUCACAGUUGGGAGACAUGCUCUCUAGUUCAUGAGCCCUUUGAUUAGCCCACCUGACCCCAUCAAGACCUUUUCCUUCACAAUGCACAUAAUGUGGGCUGCUAUUAGGCUGAGUGAUUUCAUGCUCUGCAUCCCACCUGACUUCCCAGAGCCUGCAGGAUAAACAGGAUUCAUGAGGUUUGGUAUAGUCCUAGGCACAAAGGGGUGCCAGUCUCAACCUUAUUGCUUGCCAGCUUUGUGACCUCAGACAAGACAUUUCACAUUUCACUCCUCUGGGUCUCCUCAAAUGCCCCUACCCUUUACAGUCCAAAUCUCCUGAAGGAUUUGUCAACCCUUUCUUCCCUUCUCACUUCUCAUCCAAUGAACAACACAAUCCAGUGUAGCUUCUGUCCCCAUCUGGUCCCUGGAACUACUAUCUAGAUCAGUGGGGGUGCCUGGGUGGCCCAGUAGGUUAAGCGUCUGCCCUUCAAU